AUGGCUACUGGAAUGUGGCGUCUGCUCUGCUGCAUGACUUUGCUCUUCACUGCUGUAGCCAGUCAGGCAAACACUUCGUCAUCAGACUGGGUGAAGAACUAUCUCGACACCUUAUCCCAGGCCAAGAAAGCCAACACCAUUCUGCCCUCUCAGCUGGUUUUCCAGUUUAAGCACUUGGAAUUUGAAUGGCCGUGCGAGUACGUCAAGGAAUUCUACCAAGAGAAAGGCCUCUACGAUCCUCUUGAGAAUGUCCUUGCAGGAAUAGAUGUGUACAACAACGAUACGUUUGUUACUGUUUACAGAACAUCAGAGAAAGUUUCGUCAGGCUCGAACAAACUUGUGGUCAAUAAUGGAAUGACAUCGCUGCAACCAUUUCCAAAUCUAACAAUGAAUCAAGCCGGCAAGUGUUCAAAUUUGCAGUUUCCCAUAAAAUCCAUCACCGAUCCGAACUCUGGCUGCAUGUACAUCAUUGACAUAGGCAGCGUCAAGAAGAUGGGAAAUUCCUCCGAGCAGACUUCAACAUCUGGGAACACAACCCAACCUUGCCCUCCAAAACUCGUGGUGCUGGACUUGAAAAAGAAUGGAACGAUUGUGAGAAGUCAUGACCUAGCCGCUGCUGAACCGAGAAGCACUAGCUACUUGAAGGACAUCACUCUGGACUAUGGAGAUAGGAACAACACUCAAGUCAAACACGCUUACAUCACGGAUUCUGGUAACCAGCUACUUAUCGUUUUCAAUUUUGACACAAAUACUUCUCAUUCUUUUGCUCACGACUCCAUGAAAUCUGCAGCUCAGCAGACGGCAACAUCAGGGUCUAAAAACGCUAUCAACAGCAUUACCGUGGAUUCAGAGUUUAAGUUUGUCUACUAUAAUUGCCUCGGCAGCCAAAAGAUUUCGCAGAUUCCGACGGCGGUUCUUCAGGACAGUCUUGGGGACUUCGCGACCAAACACAGGUAUGUGGGCAACACCACAGUCGCAUCUGGUAGCGUGGUUUGUGGCAAGAAGGGGCUUUACUUUGCAAGUGUCAACACCAGUUCGGUGUACAGAUGGAACAUUACCCAGGAUAUCGAGGUCCAAAACGCCACCAAAGAAACGGUCACCAUGAAGAACCAAACCGUGAUCUUCAAAAACGGCACAGGAGACUACAAUAUCGAGGGCCUCGCCCUGGACAGCUCUGGGUACCUAUGGCUGACCCAAAGUCCCUUCAUCCUCGACUCUAACAACACUAAGGGAAUCAACUUCAAAAUCUAUCGACUAUCUGUUAAUGACACAAAUAUUCUCUGCCCUGAUUCUGUGGCACCACCAACUUAA